GAAAGGACACUUGAUCAAUAACGAGAUGGACCCCGCAGUCCUUGCCAAGCGACCCAAAGUUCGAACUUGUUAUGUGUGCGGAAGGGACUAUGGGUUUUCAUCGUUCGAGAUCCACUUGAAGCAAUGCAAGCAAAUGUGGAUUGCACAGGAAGAAUUAAAACCGUUGCGGGAGCGCCGGCCAGUCCCGGAACCCCCACCCACGCUGCUCGUGGCCACCGAGGGCGGCGGCGAUGCUCCUAGCUCAUACGACUUGACCCCAGAGCAACUAGAAGCGCAAAAUCGAGCUGCCCAGCAAGCCUUUGAAAACAAGGUUAUGGAGAAGUGUCCAUACUGUGGGCGAACGUUCAACCCCGAGAGGCUUGCGAUCCACAAUCGAAGCUGUACUGCGGAGCAUCCUGCGAAAGCAAUUGGUCAAGCUAGACUCAAAGACACAAGCAGUGGUAGCGGCGGCGAUGGCGGGGGCAGUUCACAUGCAUUACCUGUUAAAGCCAAGGAACCCCAACUUAAGGUCAGCACCCCGCCCGAAGACAAAUCUCGGUCUGCAGACAAGCAACCAUCUCUGGCUGGAUCGCUGGGGGCGAAUCGGAAACAACGCGCCGCCCUGCAGUCCCCACUGACAAGUUCAUCCCCAACAGGCCAAGACGAGUUAUCCCCGCCAUCGAAUCGGUCCAUUCAAACCCUCAAAGCCAAGCUGGACCACUGGGAAAAGACCGCAUUGGCCAUGGUUCAAGACAUUCGGGACAUGAAAGCGGCCAUCGAUCAAAUGUAGUUGACUUCAAGGGAGAAGGAUGGCGUCAAUACUAAUGAUUGCUUUCCAAUACUAAUACUAAGUUCGUUCAUAGCUUGGAGUGGCGGUACUAUUAAUAGUACUAUUAUUGACGUAUGUUCGGGAGAGGAAUAGGCUAAAGUUACAGGCUAGUAGUUGUACUGGUUAGAGGAACAUGUACUGGUCACCAGAGUCGACCUUCAUUUUCGGCACUUCGCGCUUGAGGAGGUCGAGCAAGGAGCUGUCGCCGCAUCGCGUGGCCAUGGCCACACUUCGCUGCAGACGGAACGCCAAGAACUUUUCCCGCAGCUCUUUCUUGAGAUAUACCAUCUUGCGUUUGUGUCGGGUGUGGGGGAGAAGUUGGGCGCGGAGGUCGGUGACGAGCGCGGCUUGCUUGGCCUGUUCAUGGGUGAGAAGUCGCACCGCUUGCUUCUCUCGAUGCAGUUCAUCCUCCACAGCAUGCAAGUCAUGGUGCCGCGCACUUCGCUCGGUCAUGAGCUGCAUCUCCAAGUCCAUACGAUGUAUUUCCCAACGCAUCUGGGCAGCUUGAAGCUCCCUCACCUGCCGUUGCAAGUCCCGGCACCGCGACUCAGCAUCGUAGUCCUGGGGCUGCACCCAUACGUACUCGUCGUCGUCCAUGAUGACCUCCGUUGCUGAAUGUUCGUGAGUCCGUUGAAAGUUGAAUGUUGUUCGAAAGAAGGGCCAAUUGUAACUGUCACGUUUCCACGGCACCAGAAAAUAGUGUGAAUCGGUAAAGAAUAUUACACUAAAUAGUGUCACUUGAUAUUACAC